AUGUCCAAGAUGGACGGAGAGAGUGAGAGCAACCUGAGGAAGGCCUUCGAAGAAGCCGAGAAGAACACGCCCUCCAUCAUAUUCAUCGAUGAGAUCGACUCCAUUGCUCCAAACAGGGAGAAGACUCACGGUGAGGUCGAGAGGCGCAUCGUCUCCCAGCUGCUGAUGCUGAUGGAUGGCAUGAAGGCCCGCAUGCAUGUCAUCGUCAUGGGCGCCACGAAUCGCCCCAAUAGCAUCGAACCUGCCUUGAGGUGCUUCGUGAGGUUCGAUCGCGAGAUCGACAUCGGCGUGCCGGACGAGGUCGGGCGUCUCGAAGUGCUUCGCAUCCACACCAAAAACAUGAAGCUGGACAAGGACGUCAACCUGGAGGUGGUUGCCAAGGAUACGCACGGCUACGUCGGUGCCGACUUGGCCGUGCUCUGCACUGAGGCGGCACUGGAGUGCAUCAGGGAGAAGAUGGACAUGAUCGACUUAGAGGAUGACACCAUCGACGGCGAGAUCUUGAACUCCAUGGCCGUCACCAAUGACCACCUUAAGACGGGCCUCGUCGGCACAAACCCCCUCGAUAGCAUCAAGAGGGAGCUGCAAGAGACCGUUCAGUACCCGGUCGAGCACCCGGAGAAAUUCAAGAAGUUCGGUAUGUCGCCGUCCAAGGGCGUCCCCUUCUACGGGCCACCAGUAUGCGGCAAGACCUUGCUGGCGAAGGUGAUCGCUAACGAGUGCCAGACCAACUUCAUCAGCAUCAAGGGGCCAGAGCUGCUCACCAUGUGGUUUGGUGAGAGCGAGGCCAAUGUGUGUGAGAUCUUCGACAAGGCGCGCCAGUCUGCGCCGUGUGUGCUGUUCUUUGACGAGUUCGACUCCAUCGCAACCCAAAGAGGCGACAGAGUGGGCGACGCUGGUGGCGCGGCGGAUAGGGUCCUGAACCAGCUAAUAUGUGAGCUUGGAACUCCGGGAAAGAAAAAGAUCUUCAAGGCCUGCCUCGGGAAGUCUCCCAUGGUCAAGGACGUGGACCUCGGUGCUUUCGCAAGGUUCACCGCCGGCUUUAGCGGUGCCGACAUCAUGGAGAUCUGCCAGAGGGCGUGCAAGUACGCCAUCAGAGAAGACAUUGAAAAGGACAUGGAGAGGCAGAGGAUGGGGAAAGACACCAUGGAGGUGGACGGCGGGCAGGAAGAGGAGGAGGUGGCUGAGGUAAAGGCGCCUCACUUUGAGCAGUCGAUGAAGUAG